CCGAAUUUUUCAUACCGCCUGAAUAUUUAAGCCUGCGGCUACUUACAAAUACCACCCACACACUCUCAGAGUCACUCUCUCCUUCUCUCUUGCGCGUCUCAAACGAUCAACUACAUAGCGAUGACGAAACUGGCAAAGCUCUUACACUUCAGGAAUGAGCUGUCUCAGGGAAGAUUUUCUUUAAAAGAUGCUAGAGAUACUUUCUCAUUGCACUAUUGUACGUCCUGGGCAGGCUUUUCGACUGCUAGACCAAAUUUUGUUGCUGAUGGGAAACACGGGGGCCGAAUAUUUGCACCUUAUUCUGUUUACAAGGGCAAAGCUGCACUUUCUGCUUCUCCUGUUCUCCCAACAUUCACUAAAACAGAAUCUGGUGGUCUUAGAGUUGACCGCCGUGGUGUUAUCAUGUUGACAUUUCUUCCUGCUAUUGGGGAGCGCAAGUAUGAUUCUGAAAAGAGACAGAUGUUUGCUCUAUCAGCAACGGAGGUUGGAUCUUUGAUAAGUUUGGGUUCCAAUGAUUCUUGUGAAUUCUUUCAUGAUCCUUCGAUGCUCUCAAGUAAUGCAGGUCAAGUGAGGAAGAGCUUAUCCAUUAAGCCAUAUCCAGAUUCUACUGGCUAUUUUGUUUCAUUGGGUGUCGUCAAUAAUAUCCUCAAAACUAAUGAUCGCUUUACAGUUCCUGUAACUAAUGCUGAGUUUGCAGUAAUGCGCGCGGCUUUCAGUUUCGCAUUGCCCCAUAUCAUGGGAUGGGAUCGUUACACAAAUCAGCUGCCGAAAAGCACGGACCAGGGUCCACCAAAGGUUAAUCGACAGGUUAUGGAUUCAGAAUGGGAGAGAUGAACGCUCAGUGUCUUUCAAAUAGUAAUUUACUGUUCAACUUUGCGCUUCAAAUGAGAGUUGGAUGGACUGCUAGUGUCUUGCGUAAAAAAGAUGGAUGAAACUUGAUACUCUUAGUAUUAUUAGAACAAAUGAUUUUGGAGAUGACAAUGCAAAUGUUUGCAUUAAAGUGUUUUUUUUUGGGUUUCAUGGACAUUCAGAAUUUGCAUGUUUGAUUUGAAUUAUGGUCUGAUGCUUUAUUUCGUAA